AAUGGCCAAUAACUGAUUAAUAGCUGAUAUAAAGUUCUGUAGUAUGUUGUCUAAAACUAAAACUCUCAAAUCAAAAAUCAGUUGAUUUAGGCAUCACAACAUUAUAAUGUACAGUUUGAAAAACGGAUAUUUGUUUUGAAAUAUGUUAACGAUUACUUUUUUUUACGGUGUUAUUAAAUGACAUGUUUUAAAGAUAAACUGAUUAGAUUCCAGCAAAGGUAAUCUAAAUGACCUUUACAUUUUUUUUUUUUUUUUUAAUUGGCUGAUAACCGAUAUGGUGCAAUAUAUUGUGCACCCCUAACUUUCACCAGUAAUUCUUGGAUUUUGGUGAAGCCUCAUUUAUGUCAGAGAUCUAAAUAACAUUAUUGUGGUGAUGACAUAUUUACAUCAGCACAAUUUGCAACAACAAUUUCUAAUGCUUAAGUUAUGCCACACCAAUAAAUGUAAGAUGUAUUUGUUUGAGAGAGCGAGUGACUGUUAUGUCAAUUGGACCAAAACACUUUCACCAUCUUUAUCAUUGAGCCCUGCUGUUUUUGUUUGUCUGAUUUCUUAAGUGUGUAAUUGAAUCUGUUGUCUUUUUGCAUUAAUUAUGUGUUUGUUUGCCCUGUUGUAAAUGUUUGUCUGCUGUAUUUCCUUCCUAUGUGUUUUUCGUAUUCUUUCUCUCUCUCCCUCCCCCUCCGCCUGUCUGCUCUGAGUGUGUGUGCUCGCCAGACAUGCCAUGCCCUGGAGCCAAGGACCAUGAUGCAACCGUGUUUAAGCUCGAAUAUUCAAUCCCUCCAGACGUUUCGAAUGGACAUUUCUGCAUAGAGAAUUGACAAGGAAGAAGCAGUGCAAAAAAAAAAAAAGAAUCGAUGCACCUUUGCAGAAUAGGCAGUCCCCCGUGUCCUUAGAAAGCAUGAACAUGGACAGAGUGCACUCUGGGAUUUGUAGUUCAGCUGACUUUUCCCCGUAACCCUGAAUUCAGGUCACUCGACUGAAUGACUCACAAAUCAACCCUCUAGUUAUUGCAUGGUCGGUCUGGAUUUGUAAGCGCAUAUGGCAAGAUAACAUUGAGGAUGCGUCAAAUGACAUGCAUUUUGCUUUUGUCCGGCAUUGGCUCUUUGAUGUGGUUGAGGAUGGUUCAGACAAAAAUUACAUUUCUGUCAUUAUUGACUCCGCCUUAUGUCAUUCCAACUGAAUGAGGUUUUUUUUUAUACAAUGAAAGUCAUUGGGGUCCCAUUUAGUUUUGUAUUGGACUUUUUAUAUGGAUAAAAAGAAAUACAGUAAGUCAUACAGGUUUAAAACGACACGAGGUGAGCAAAUUAAUGUCUGAAUUUUUAUUUCAAGGUGAUCUAUAUCUUUAAGGGUCAGUAAUAUGACCCCAUGUGAAUUAUAUGAAGGAUUAUGAAAUACCAAGAGGAAGUAGACAGAAAUGACUAUCCCCCAACUUGCUUGCUCUUAAGUUACCAUGGGAGGAGCAUUGAGGGCAGACUUCAUGCACCUCAUCCGCUUUUUCCCUCAAUCCAUUGAUGCGCUAACUCUCUCUCUCCUUUGGCACCCAUCAUAAUUGUGUGCAUUAGAGUGAGAGAUGCUCGGCUGCUUGUGCAUGCAUGCACACUCUCAUAAAUGCAUAAAUGACUGACGCUGCAAGGAGAGAGAGAGCGAGAGAGGAACUGAAGGAGGGGGGCAGGAGUGCAGGGGGAAUCAGCACUAGCAUCAGUGUGUGUGAGAGAGAGAGAGAGAGAGAGAGCAUGAUAGACCUGACAGGGAGGAGAGGAGAAUAGAGGACAGUUGGCUACAUCGCUCCUCACACACAGACGGAGGUGGAGAGAGGAGAGGAUGAGAGACUGUGGGGGAAGGAGAGGACAAAAGAAGACCGCUGUGCCACUCAUCACGCCGUUCCAAAGAAGUGAGGCUGGACGAGACUGACGCUGAACGAGGGAGCCAGUGUGACUUUGUGAUUUUGAAGAGAACACAAGAAAAGGAUAAAAGAAAAGAGCGUGUUUUUGUCUUUCAGGGAGGGGACUGAGCCAGAAAUCAAGUGAGGGAGAAGGAGGAGGAUUGUCUGGCACUGUUUAAUUAUUUACGUUAUUAUGAUUUUGAACAUGGAGGUUGUUCGUUUUUACCUAAAAUGUGUCUCUCUCGUUCUCUUUUUAAUCCAAGGAUUUAGUGGAUGAAUUAUCACUCUUACUUUCUGCAGCAACUAGACCGUGAGGACAAAAAAACCCUUUAAAUUCUUUUUUGGAUAACUUACAAACUCUUGUAUUUUUAAUGUACAUAGUGAUUGAUGUAUGUUAAAGAAACAUUGUUUUUGUUGUUACUUAAGAGUUAUGCAGACAGAAAUCAGGUUUUUUUUUAUACAAAACUUUCAAAUGUCUUUCUUUGUAGUGUAUAAACAGGUGCUUUCAUAGCAUUUUUAGCUUUAGCUAAUUCUGAUGUCUUUAGGUCGAAAGUGUACAUGAGUCUGUCUUAAGUGUGUAUACUCGUGUAAUUUUUGAUUUUCUCAUUUGGACUGGUGCCACGACUGCACUCUGUACAUGUGUUCAGAUGUGCGUCUGGUUCUUUUUGAGUUUGGAUGUCAACACUGAUCACCGCUGUAGUGUUUGUGGUGAACUUUCCCGUCGUGUGCCAGCGUUCGCUGCAGAACAUUGAUUCACGCUGGCUCUGAGCUCUCGUGAUUGGACGGGGAGCGAGCCGACAGGUUUUGUGUUGGCGAAACUUGUCGGAUUUGGUUUGGGUUGUGUCAUGACACUGUCUCGCAAGUUUUUUUCCUCAGUCUGUUACCAUGGCAACCAUUUCAUUGGCAUGUUAAGGUCUCACGCUUUGUCUUUCACAACUUCAGUGUGUUGCAGCAUCCCAAGUUACACUUUAAACCGCACUCUACAUUCAGUCUCGCCAGUAUUAGGUAAGAGUCGUGCCUUCAGACCUUAUGAGGGUUCAAGGUUCUUGCUCUGAAUCUUUAGUUCAUUCGGUCAUCUCUAAAUCAAGAGAUGCCAACAUUGGACUUAUUUCUUCACUGACAAUCUCAAAAUCAUUGAUUUAUGAUGUUUUAUAUUAGAAUGGUGUAGUUAAACUCAGGUUUUUCCAUCUGUGCUGGGGCUCAACUGCACUAAUUCAACAUCUGGUUUACUUUUAGGGCAAUGAGAUUAGCCUUUUCGGCUCACAUUAUUCUACACCUGUGCUUGAAAAUUGUCUCCCUGUGUGGUUGGUUGACUUGCAUUUGGUUUCACUUCAGACCAACAAGAACCUCUUGGCCUUUAGAUACAUCGCAGCCACUGUUGGGCUGACAACUCAUUCACUCAUGUUUACUGGUUUCUGAAACAACCCAUCAUAUCAAAACAGGGAUUUUGGCGCGGUCCUACCCGACAGGUGCUUCACCCAAGCUAGGUUACCCUAGUGCGUUAAACUCUUAUUUAAAUGUUUAUUUUUUGUUUGUUUGUUUUAAUAGUCAGAUUUCUUGUUCUCUGUACAGGUUCUCCUAAACACUGUGCUAUUUCUGUGCCAUGUUGUUGACGUCAAUAAAGUCCAUGACACGAUGAGCGAUUUGGAAAUACAGCCAAGUCUGGGACACUUCUGUCUAAGUGCACUGUAAAAAAAAAAAAAAAAAAAAAAACCUUUCAAAGCUGUUCAGACUAUACUGAAUACAGUGAUCUCUGCCGCACUAAACUUAUGGUUCUGUGCCAUGUCGUCAUGAUACAGUUUACGAACUUUGUCUCGUAACUUAUUGCGCAUUGUCAGCCAGUUCUGAGUGGUUUUCUUUACAGGUCCUCUUUGGGGGAUCUCUCCAUAAGAAUGGCCUAAUGGCACUGCUAACGUGGUGCUUCGUAGAUGCAGGGGAGUGCACAUAAAUUCCUCGGGUCUUGCCGCACUCCAGCCGAGAUAAUAGAGCCGCUUCGUUGACUGCCAGUCACAUCUGUUGGAACAACUUGGGAUGUCUCGCAUUUGUUCAUGCACAUCUGAGGCAAGACACUAUAUCUUUUUGCAGCCCUGAGGAUUUUUGUGGUGCUAAAGAGUACAAAAACAAUCAGAAACACCUGACUGGACAAAGUAAGCCACAAAAAUAGAAGCUCAUGGUGUUUUUCUGGUUUCUAAUGUAAAAUAUAUGCAGUGAACAAAAUUGUACAUAGAGCAAGACUAGAUUUGGUUCAAAUCAGCUGGACUUGGCUAUAAACUGGCAUUCACAGCACCAGUAGAAACUGUUAAUGGUCUAUAAAUGCUAAUCACUUAUGAGGACCCUGGUCUGUUAGCUCAGAACUGUUAGAGGUUACAAGACUGUUGCCUCUCUGUCAGAGGUUUUAAAGUGCUUUACAACAGGGAUGAGCAUUGGUGCGGUUAAAUUCAGUGUUUGACUUUGCUAAGUGGCGUUUAGAGGGUAGGUUUUCACUCAGGAAACAGAUCUAUAAAGAACUUGUCAAUUCAAGACUGUUUGUCUGAUUUUAGGGUGUCAUUUAGGAUAAAGAGCAACUGAUUGAUUUUUAAGUUGGCAUCUAAUGAGCAGAUCUCUGGAGGCGGUACUUCAGAUUUGGCCAAUCAGGUCUUAUUACCGUCACCCUGAUUGUGUUUAGGAACAUCAUAGCUCCCUCGUGGCUGGAUUGUCACACUUUAACUUCUUCACAGAUCACACCAAACAAUCAGUGGUUCUCCAAAUGGUGCUCAAACCCAUGCUAUCUUCUAUACAGCCAUAUUUAUCUUUGACUUAACUGUUUCAGGGCUUUCUGAGUCUAGUUUGUCCUUUUGUAAAUUGUAUUUCUACAAACUGUUGUUUAUCAGGGUUACUUAUCUGUGUGUAUAACCGAAAAUUAGUUAGUUUGUCCCUGAGCUUUUUGUUUCAGUGAAUUAUUGCGCAAAGAUCGCGCGAUCGCAAAGAGGCUCAGGUGUAUUUAGGUUUUUUUUUUUUAAGGAAAAUAGUAGUAGCAGGACAGCCUGGAGAACGGGAAAGAAGACGUUGGAGGGGGCGCGGGGGAGCGAGAGAUUAUCUGGAAGAAGCGAGCGAGCGUGUUGGAGAGGGAGAGAGAGCUGGAGAGGCAGAAGCUGGAGGAGGAGAGGAGGAACGCUGUUGGAUACACGGUGUGGAGGCUGAGGGAGGGAUUCCAGGAGAGGAAGGAUAGAGAGGAGGAUAGACUCAAAGGGACGAGCGCCGAGGGUGCGAAAGUAGCGCAGGCAGAGGUGAUCUGGAAAAGACGAGAGGAAGAGGAAGAGAAAGAUAGGGAUAGAGCUCGGCUUGGCGACAGAGGACCCAAAAUCAUUUGGAGGAGGAGGGAAAGGGAGUGACAGGAAAAGAUGGUGAUGUGUCACUACUAAGCGCUUUCAGAUGUGUGACAGGACGGGAGGUGGUAGAUUUAGUCUUAUGGUCCAAAUAAACCUGCAUGUACUCAGACUUCAUGUAAUCUAGGUGCUAGAUAGUGUACAUCAGGUCCCCUUUUUAUAAAGUGUAUGAAAUUAAGUGUUAAAUUUAAGUCUGGCCUAUAGUAAAAUCUGUAUAGUAUCAUAUUAAAAAUUUUUUUGUUGUUGAAAUGAAACUUUAGUUGCACUUUAGCUUCAGAUUUAGCAUAAUAUUUAUAUGCAUUAUUUCAUUUUUACCACAAAAAUAGGAUAGUUUCAGAUAAAAUGAAAAUAAACCGUCCUCCUAGAGGUCAAUGUACGCCUUGUUGUGGAUCCCUGGUGUACUUUUGUUUGUUUUUUAACACCUGGACUAAAUUAAGUCUUUAAACCAAACAUUGAGGAUUAUGUUGAUCUGCGCCAGUCUAAUCAUCACUGAGUGCAGCAGUUUGAUUCAUCAUUAAAUGAGCCACAUUCACUGGAUCAGUACUUUUAGCAUUUUCCAUCCAUCUCUUCCUGCUCUCUUCCUCUCUUGCUCUAUAUCGAUCCGUCUGUCUGACCGAAGCCUCCUCUCUCAAAGUCUCAGCUGCAGCUAAUAGGCUUUUGAUGGGAGUCUGUCAGACAAGAGCUAGUAGAGUGGAACCCAGCACAUGCAAAGAAAAAUGAACACGCGCGUAAACACUCUCAUGCAUAUAAAACCUAAUACUACUCUCUUUCACACAUCUACCAAGCCAGAUUGUGUUUGGAGCACUUAUAUAUGACUAUACCAAUAACUUCAUGACAAUCAUACUAUAUUUAGUAAUUCACAGUGUCCUGAGAAGCUCUAUGCAGACUUAAGAUCUGAUGCAAAACCUACAUGCAGUGUAUGACAGCAGCUGAAAACUUUAGUACUUUUUUUGCAUAUGUCUUUUCAUCUCUUUUCACAUCCUGUUUUUGAUACUCUCCCAGACUGAACAGUCAGCACACUGUCCUCUCUCUUGUGCGAUGAUGAAGGAAUCAGUAGAUGCAGAAAAAAAGACAAGGGAAGACAAGUUACCGAUUGUGAUAGAGCAACGUGGAGAGACAAUUAAGGACAUUUAGUGGACACUGAGACGGCUGAGACACCAAUGGAGCUCGUCCCAAAAACCAAAUACACGCCCUUCAGGAGCGACUCCUUCAGCUCAACAGAUGAGACGGCAUCCAAUCCUUCUCUGCCUUCUUCUGCUCCUCUCACCCCACUCACCCCUCCUGGUAUCCCUUCUUCUCUCUCCUCCUCUUCCCUCACUCCCAUUCUCCCCCCUUCGUCUCCACGGCAGGCUGAAAACAGCCCCACCACCCUCUGCUCCUUCUUCCCUAGGAUGGGAGCCCUGCGGCUGGGUGUGUCUUCCACUCUGCUCCCAGGCCUGAAGGCCUCCAGCAAGCCGGCUAAUGUGCCAGGUGGUCAGGGAGGUUUGGGAGAGUCUCCGAAAGACACUGGGACUUCCGCCACCAACUCUUCUCCUCCUCCCACUUCAUCUCUUUCUCUCCUUUCUCUAACAGCCCCAUCUCCUCCUCCUCGUCCCCCACAGGAUAUGAACCGGCUGGGCGGGGCCUCAAGGCGGGCCCGUGUGGAAGGGGGCCAGCUCGGCGGAGAUGAGUGGACACGACAAGGCUCCUUCGUCAACAAGCCCACCCGAGGUUGGCUGCACUCGGACAGUGUGGUCAGCACCACUGGGGUCUCCUACACUGUCAGGUAUAUGGGCUGUGUGGAGGUGCUACAGUCAAUGAGAGCACUGGACUUCAACACCAGAACUCAGGUUACCAGGGAGGCAAUAUCAGUGGUGUGUGAGGCAGUACCAGGUGCCAAAGGAGCUCAGCGAAGAAGAAAGCCCUCUUCUCGUAGUCUCUCCUCCAUCUUAGGGAAGAGUAAUCUCCAGUUUGCCGGAAUGACAAUCAGCCUCACCGUGUCGACCAGCAGUCUGAACCUACUGGCGAUCGACUGCAAACAGGAUACAGCAGAGUAUGUUGCCUACGUCGCCAAAGACCCUGUCAAUCAGAGAGCAUGUCAUAUCCUGGAAUGCUCAGAGGGCUUGGCUCAGGAGGUCAUCAGCACCAUCGGCCAGGCGUUUGAGCUCCGCUUUAAACAGUACCUGAAGAACCCCCCCAAACUGGUCACCCCUCAUGAUCGGAUGGCUCCUUUCGAUGGGUCGGCCUGGGAGGAAGAGGAAGAGGACCUGCCUCCACCCCCAGAGGUUCCGUAUUACAAUAACUUCCCCGGUAAACAGCCUCCACCCGGAGGCUUGGUUGACAUGAGGAGCCGUCUUGGACACAGUACAGGAGCCACGCUGCCCUAUGGACAGCCCAGCCAGAACGACAUUCACAAGCAGCCUCUGCCUCCUCUACCAGUGGGUGUCAAGGAGGGAGGCUUCCUUGAUGACCCUUCAUACGUCAAUGUGGAUAAAUCCCGCCUCCCAGCAGCAGCAGCCAAUGGAAAUGCUCACAAAGAUGCGUUCGACAUGAAGCCGUUCGAUGCUGCUUUAGGUGUGUCAGGUGCUGUGGCGCCCCCUCUGGCAGAGCAGCUGCAGAACGAGCCCUGGUUCCACGGACCUCUAAGUCGCAGGCAGGCCGAAAGACUCCUGACCAAGGAUGGAGACUUCCUGGUGCGGGAGUCAGGCACCACACCAGGCCAGUACGUCCUCACUGGACAGCAGGGCGGCCAAGCCAAACACCUGCUUCUGGUGGAUCCAGAGGGAGUGGUGCGCACCAAAGACCACCGCUUCGAGAGCGUCAGUCACUUGAUUAGCUAUCACAUGGACAACCGGCUGCCAAUCAUCUCGGCAGGAAGUGAGGUGUGUCUACAGCAGCCAGUUGAUCGCCGGGCGUGAGAAGAAAACAUGUUCUCCACCACACAUUUAAGAGAAAAAACUCCUCCCUUUCCUACUUUUUUUGCCAGACUCUAUUAGAGAAAAAAACAGUUUUUCCAACUGGGAGUGUAAGCUAAUCAUAUCUUUACAGAAACCGCAUCAACCACCUCAAUCAUUCUACUCAAGGACUGAAACACGCGAUUACAAAAAGCCAAACACAGAUGCGUAAUGGAUGUGACAUCACUUCCUAAGCACGACAUCAUAUCUUGAACCUGUAACCAUGGCAACAGGCCCGGGCAUUCUUCGAGGCGAGAGCUGAUGUGAAUGUUCUGCAAUUGCAGAACCUUUGUAGCAUUCUAAAGAUUCACAUCUGGUGCAGUGGGCCAAAUCCAAAGACUCGAGCUUCUUAGUGAUCAUAGAGCUUUUUGUUGCGGUCGUUUGGAAAUCUUGCAAGACUGUUCGAUGAAUAUGCAAAACUUUAAAGAGAAUACAGAGCUAAUUCUCCAAUCACAGACAUCGCCUUUCACAGCGUAUACACAAUUCCCACCGGAAUCACUUUCCCGAUUUUCACAAACCACACAAAAUGCCUCUUAUUCACACCCUCACAAUACCCUUUACAGAAUUCCGAGCGUGAAUACCGCCCCCCACCCCCCACCUAAAUAAAAAUUGGGAAUUUUGGUCAUUUGGAAAGAGCCCUGAACAUAUGUGAAAGCUUUAGCAUCACGGAUGCUGUGUGGAUUUUUCCUUAUGCAAAUUAGCAGAAGGUAAGAGGCACUUAUGCUGUCCGUUAUGAGAGACUACAAAAAAGGGAACGUUCCCUUUUCGCAUAACAUCAUAUAUCAGCUUGGGACAAAAGGGACGAUAAAAAAAGAAGUGCAAUCAGUGGACAUGGGAAUAGGACUGAAGGUCUGAGGUUUGAAACUGAUUGAAGCCUUCUUAUGAUGUAAUUUUAACUAAGAACUCUAUAUUUGUCCUGGUGAUGUCAUCUUGAUCAGCUGACGACGUCAUCGGGAUGGUUUUAUUCUGGGAAAUGGAGGCUCUAUUUUUCUUUAUCUUUUUCUUGUGGACAUCUGUUCGCAUUGACAAUCGAUCUUCACGUGUAUCGAGGUGUCGGCUGCUUCUGUACGUUCGGAGACUUGAGUUAUAAAAGAAAGCGUGAGGAGGAGGAUACGAUGUGUAUUAUAAUACAUGCAUCCUUUUUAGAGGUUCACUUUAAUCACUUUGAAUUUGAACAACACACCACCAGAAAGAGGAAAAGCACUCCGAAUGAAUUCUGAAGUUCAGUUUCUGUUGAAGCCACAAACAGGAAACCACCUUUUUCAUCUUUGUUUGCUUUAAAAUUGAUUGUGCCUUUUUUUACCGAACACAGACACACAGAGAGAAAAAAACUAAAACAAAAAAACAGUCACCUUUUGUGAUUCUAUAGGUAAUCAUGACACUUUCUUUUCUGGAAAAGACACAACUGAAAAUAUAAUCAACUGCAAAAACGACACAAGUAUAGUCCGGCUCAGUGCAGGUUUUGGGAAAGCAGUCUUCGUUUUCUUUGGCAUGUUAAUUCUGCUAUGCUGUUCUUAUUGUGUUUAGUUUAGUUCUGGUCUGUGGGUAUCCCAUUAUGUUGCAAAAACACUUUCUUCUAUCUCUCAUUUAGAAACCGACAUUAGAUGCCCUGUAAAAGAGCAUGUAAAUAAGCUUUGCCUGUGCUCAUAGCUCAACACUCGGUGGAUCUGUGUCAAAUGGGAAUUUGCAAGCUCACAGGACUGUACUGGGUGAGAAAACAAAAGUGUAAGAUUUGACAUGCUCUUCUGAAGACAAUGCAAUCACUUGGUGUUUAUCACACAAAUCUAUGUAAAUGACUGAGGAUUUGCUUAGAUGUACAAAGACCCUUAUCUGGAUGCAUUAUGAAUCUGAAUUGGGCAACGGUUUUAUUUUUAGUCUUUUUAAUGGAUGUAACUUGUGGAUUUUGAGUCAGUGGUCAACAUUCAUUUCACAUUAUAAAUCCAGAUGGAUCCCAGCCGCAACUGUAUGCGACCAGCCUCAUGCUAAUGUGAGUUUUAGCCUGUUGUAAUUCAAAUUAAUGCAUUGAAUGGGUUUUCUAAUCAUUUGACGUCAGACUUUUUAUGUGCUGAUAGCAUCACGGAUCUGGCCCCUAACUGCUAAUGGAGUUUAAACAAAGUGUGUUUAUGAGUCUGUGUGUGUGGAUGCAUACAUACGCAGGGCUGGAAUGGUCUGGAACAAUCUGGCUUUUACAACUCUCACUCGCCACUAAACUGUUUGCUCAUUUUCAUAUUUCACAGCGGCCUUUUGUUGCAUGGAAACACUUCCUGUUAUUGUGGUAAUGAUGACUUUUGUGUUGUGGUUGGUUGGUUGCUAUUUUCUAAGCCAAAGGCUUUAUUCUUGUUUGCCUUUAUAUAUGUUGCUUCUUUUUUUUAAAUACAUGUUUUUGAUUAUUUUAAUUAUUCUUUUUAUGUUGUUGUUCUUUGGGUAAAACAUAAUGUUUACACCUGUAUCAAAUGAUAGAUUACAUAUAUAAAUACAUAUAUCAUUC